AUGCGCCCUGCGGUUCUCUUCGCCCUGUUGGCGUUGCUGUCCAUCCUGACAGCCACCACUGCGACCCCCCCAAGCGUGUUGUUGAGACGUCGACUACGCGCCCAAGAAGUGGACGAAAUGACUUUGACGACGCUGCUUCCCGUGGUGACUGCUUCGGUGGCUGGACCUCCGGACAACGUGACACCGUUUCCGCUGCCAGUGGCCAUCAUUCUGGGCCUCCUCGCGGUUCUUGGGGUCGUCGGCGCGGCCGUGUACGUGGUCCGAACUGCUCGCAGCGACGCCAUGCGAAAGUCCGACACUGAAUGCACCACCGUCCUCCACAUGGACGGCUUCCUUGGCAUGUAG